UCUCUCUCAAGUGGUAUUCUCUUCAAUGUUCUGUUCUCUCAUCAUUGUUUUUCAGAGGCCACGGAGAUCGUUAACAGGCGUCUCUUUCUCUCUUUCACAGAUGACCGGAUCCGAGGCCACUGCAACAAGACAGUGGAUAUUUACGAGGACGUCUCUUCCCCGGAGUUGACGCGACAGAACCGCUACGGGCCUCUCACCUGCUCCUACCGCUUCAAGGUGAACAAGCCGGCGCUCAAGGACGACUGGGUGAUCGUGGUUCGCUUCAAGAGCUUCAAGGUGGGGCGAGUCCUCAACGCCACCCACUGCGAGAAUGGCUACAUCAAGAUCAUGGACGGCAACGCGCAGACAGACGUAUCCAACAGGAAGAAUCUGGGCAUGUUCUGUGGCGAGAUCGAGCAGACCCGGACCUUCAUCUCGGAGACUUCCUUCGUCAAGAUAAUCUUCAACGUCAACAACUUUACAGAGGAAACCUACUUCAGCUUCGACUCCCGCGUUGAGCUGCAGAAGGAGGUGUACGGCAGGUUCGGGCCUAACUCCAUGCUGUACCCGUUCCGGCGCGGCGAGGUGGUGCCCGGCACGUACUGCGAGCGGGUCUUCACGGACUGCAAGCUCCAGUCGUGCUUCGUGCAGUCCCCGGGCUACCCCAGCGUGUACCCGCGCAACCUGCACUGCAAGUACUACCUCAACACGCGCAUGCCCUUCAUUAAGCUGUAUAUCGAGAAUGAGGAGUUCAACGUGGACGGCCAGCGCUGCGAGAACCCCAUGAUGUGCCCCAUGCGGCCUCUCAGCACCAACUGCCCCUACGACUACAUCCGCGUGUACGACGGCAAGAACGAGAAGGCGCCCCCCAUCGGCACCUUCUGCGGGAUGGGCCGCUUCCCGCACUCCAUCAUCGGCUCGGGCCAGGACGUCAUGGUGGAGUUCGUGUCUUCCCCCGCUGGGCCCUUCCUCAACACAGGCUUCCACUUCAACGUGGGUAAUUGGCCAGGCCACGUGGAGACGAGCGGGUCGCGGAACGGCACGUGUGACUGGGUGUUCUCCAGCGACACGGUGGAACGCGGCCAGGAGUCCACCUUCCUCUCUCUCGCCCAUUGGUACCCGCCCGGCACCUCCUGCUCCUAUCUGAUCCGCGGCCGGCCUGACGAGGUGGUGAGGAUGUACUUCCCGUCAUUCCGCGUGCGUCCCAUCGAAGCUCCGAUCCGCCCCUAUGACGGUGACUGCGGCGAGACUCUCAUCAUCUACGACUCAGACCGCGAGGACGACGCCCGCAUCAUGAAGAUGUUUUGCGACACUUUCUCCCGCCCGCUGGAAAAGCACGACUUCAUCUCCACAGGAAGCGCCAUGUUCGUGAAGUUUGAGAGCCGCACGGGGAGUUACGACGGGUCUUCCCUCUACUACUGGGCCCAAUACGACUUCUUCAACAACACGCACUACGGGAAGCCUGUGGAGGACACGCUUUGUGACGAACUAUUCGAGUCCUUUGUGCGGCCCGAGGGAAAGUUUGGCUCGCCGCUCAACACCCUCCUGUACAAGACUGAGGAAGACGUCAUGUGCCGCUACCACUUCAAGGCGCCUCGAUACCAGUACCGCCGCAUCCUCCUCACCAUCAAUUCCACAAAUUUCAAACACAAUGACGACGCCUGCGUGGACUGUCUGAACGAUAAGGUUGACAAACUGAAGAUUAUCGAUCCCUUCCGUAACGGCACCAACGUCUGCAUCUGCGAGGUGUGGGUGCCAGGGAAUCGAGUCCCGCCGAGCAUUGUGUCCAACGGCCCCUCCCUCACGCUGGAGAUGCACAUCGACCACCGCCACGCCAUGCAGAACUACUUCAAGUCCACCACUCCCAUAUUUGAAGGCACGUACAAAUUCAUCCACAGUCCCAUCUGCGGUCCGACAGUCAUCCCCGCCGCCACAGAAGGCAAUAUAAUCUACCCCAAAUACGAGCCUUACGUGUACGGCGGUUACGGUGAGGACGUGCACUGUAUCUGGGAGCUCCGAGUCAAGCAGGAGCGAGACGUGUGGCUCUACGUGGACCAGCUCGACUUCUCCCUCAACGAUUGCUCCCUGGAGGUGAUCGAAGUAUUCCUGCCAGGUCGCGACCGCCCAGAAUUCACCAUAUGCGAGAAGGGAGACACGGCGGACGAGAGCAAGACCACCAUCCUCAAAUCUCGGGACCUGGUGGAGGGCGCCAUAAUCAUCCAUUUCAAGUCAUCGGCUCCAGGACACUCCAACUUUAAGCUGACCUGGACGGAGCUUUUCGAACUGCCACGAAAUAGCGACGGGACAGUCAUGACCUCCAAGCUGAUGGCCCCUGGGGACUGUGAAUUUGUGUGCCCCGGCCAGCCCGCCUGCAUCCAGAACGACCUGGUGUGCAAUGGCGUCCGUAACUGUCCAGGCAACAGUUCUGGGGCCGCCCAGCACGACGAGGCUCCUGAGAUCUGCUUCUCUCGCACCGGGUCCAAGUUUAACUACGUGGCCCUCGGUCUGGGAGCCGCCGGAGGCACAGUGGUGGCCGUGGCUGUCAUUAUUGUCGUGUGUCGCAACUGCCGUAAGCGCCCAGACGACAACACUUUCUAAGAUGACUAUGCAACAAUUGAGUUUUCAGUGUUGUGCGCUAGUGGACGAUGGGCGAGUCCAGACCCAAGUGUUGAAGGAACAAUAGUGCACGUGCAACCCAGGAAACACAAGCGCACAAGUAUACAGCAACAGCACAAGAAGCAUACCAGUGUUACCUUUGUAGAGUCUGUUCAGCAUGGCAGAGUGUGGGUUAGGCGUCUCUUCCAUACCUUACAUCACGUGGCAAGACAAUAACAAUAAGACUGAACCUCUCGUACCUUCCGUCUCAAGCGGAAAUGUGAAAACUUGAGUGUACAACUCCUCCCAGUGGUCUUGAGGCCAGGCUGCUGCUGCCCUUCCCGGUGUACAUGUGCAUAAAGAAUAUUUAGAUAUAAUUAGUUAUCUAAAGUGUAAGCUGUAUAUACAUACUAUAUAAUGGUGUAGCAUAAUGUAGGUCGAAUUUGACAUCAGUGUAACUCUUCUUAUAACUCGUAAGGGAAAAAAAACUCAGAAUCAAAUUUGAAUUAAGUACAAAUAAGCAUCGCAAGGUAACAACAGCGAUAGCCGUGCUGGGAACAACACUGGAGACGUGCCAAGGCAAGAGAGAGAUUUUACCAUUUAUCAGCACACACGAGUGAUAGAUACCAUACAAAGUGUUUAUUUUGUCUACACUGCGGCCACCUCAUGUGUCAACACGCUGCAGGCUGCAAGGACGCGCACUGGACUGGAUGUGGCACGUGACGGUGUGCGGUGUUGUUCUCCGGGCCUGUCACCUCGUGCCCCGGGUCACCAGCACGGCAGACACUCGGGCGUGAGGCAGCGUGGACGUGGUGUCACGUGCGUUAAGUCAACUGCACACUGAAUUACUAUUUGCCGUAUUGCGCAUGCGUGAUAAGUCUUGCAUGGCGCGGUCCGUAGUACUCUCAAAAGUUCGGUGUCUUUUCUUGACCGCUUUGAACAGACCUUCCAGUAGAGGGUAUUCGAGUUUUCAAGAGUACAUAAAUUCAUGAUUCUAUUGAUAGUCGAGCAGGAUUGCUGUAUCAUUAAUGAAAAUAAAAAUAAUAAUAACAAACACCAGUAAGAACCUAACUAAUCACAUCUGUAGUCUCUGAAAAUAAUUCUUAGUUGUGUUUAAAACCCGGGCCUGACAGUAAACGAACAUUUGCAAUGCUCAGAAUUGUUUGGCCACAUUAGUGUAUCACUAAGUAAAUAAACUGAUGUUAUUAUCUUGCUGCAUCAACCGUCAUGCAAGAGUCAUGACACACGUGCAGUACGGCGAAUGGUAACUUCCCUCACGUUAGCUUUGAGGCAGCGUCACUGUGCACCGCCCCUUAUGUUGUGCUGUCAGUCUCACCACUCACCGCGCCACUCGCUGGUAUUCACUGGUAUGCAUUUCAUUUAGACUUACCAUUAUAAUUUUCCCAAUAAGCUUUAUUGAUAAGUUCAAUUGAGCAUACUUGUCUCACUCUAAAGGACGAAACUAUCAAUAUUUUUUUUCCUGCUGAGCGAAAUCAUAUACUUGAAUGUUAUAUACGUUAUUACUAUUUAUUUUAUUUUUACCUAACCAGCCCUAACCUCACCUAACUGCCACGCGAGACUUUCUGCGCAAUUCUCCGUAAAAAAAUAGUAGUAACUGCGGCAGUAAUGACGUGUGUAACAAGCAAGAAUGCAAUGUUACGUACCAGGAAAGACAAAACAGUUUCGUCUGAAAGAGUGAGACGGGUGUCAUUCUCUAAUAAUACCACUUAUAUGAUACUCAGUUCCUUAUUAUGUUAUAUAUUUAGUUCAUAUCAGUUCACUAGUACAAUAUAUCAUAAUGGUCUUCAUUAUUUCCAUUAACCAUUUGACUCCUAACGAUUCGAUGACACUUGUCAGUUCAUCUGAGUAACUCUAGGCAACUGAACCAAGCAAGACGAAAGCUGCAGACACUGGAAGGUUUGAACUACUCAAUCUUUUUUGCUGUCAGUGGUGUCUUUCGAAACUAUACGCUAAACUUGCACCAGACUAUGUUAAGUUUGCGAAGUCACAACAGUCAGAGGAUUAAUGCAGCACUUACAGUCAUUCAGUUUCCCGUAAGCCUUUUGAACAUCAAUGCAUACCCAAACAGUGAAGUGGAAAAAAUAGAAAAUACCAGUGUAGUAAGAAAGAAAUAUUACAAUAAAGACCAAUAUCAUUUUGACCCCAGCGAAGAGUGUUCAGCUUCCCUCCCAGCAAGGAAAGGCGGGAACACACAAAAAGGAUCGUAUUCUCAAACGUUUCCAUGUCUCUUCCGGGACUACUUUUAACAGGGUCCAGUGGAAGUUAUAUUUUCAAGGACGUUUCCGUUAUGUCAGUGAUAGUUUAACAAGAAUCUGCAUCAUCAGUAAGAAGAAACAAACAUGAAGAUCUGACUGUUGUAUUUUUGUGGUCUUUGAAAAUUGUCCUUAUGAAAGAACAGAGCGUUUGAAAAUACGAGCCCUUGGAACAGAGACAGGACGGAGGCGUGCUGGACUCAGGGCUGGUAUUCUGAAACACUUUACUCUCUAAUAAGGACUACGAGUAUUCUCAAAGAUAACAUAGAUGAUAAACAGAGUUUCAGGUGUGUUAUCCCCAUCACACAUGCAGAAACAUUACUAAACUAUCACUAGAAUAAAGAAAACCCUUUUGAAAACCAUUGUAACUUCUACUACUGUUGAAGAAGCAGACCAGAUAAGACACAGACAUGCCUGAGAAUACUGUCCUACUUUCUCAGUGUACGAGAGAAUCCAAGAGAGACAGACUAUCGACGUGUACGUAAGCUAUCAUUUUGUACAUAUAAAAGCAGUAUUUGCAUAGGUUCUGUGAUUGGUUGUUGUAAUUUGCUAUCAUAAUGACGGAUGUGAUGGACAGUCGUGUCGGCAGCUUCCACCACGGAGACUGCCAGAGCACUGCGACCAUUUUCCUUUAGCUUUUUAAGACGUGUACGUAAUGAGUGUGUGCUCCACUGGCCUUGAGCUUAACUUGUAGGUGGAAGUAGAAGUAUCCAGCCUACCGAUUCUACUACUACGACUACUGCUAUAACUACUACUACUACUACUACUACUACUACUACUACUACAACUACUGUCACUACUACAACUCCUGUUCUUUUCUCUCCACUACUACUACUACUACUAUCACUACUACAACUCCUGUUCUUUCUCUCUCCGAUUUUACUAUUACUACUACUACUAAACUUACUGACUUACCGUUACUACUACUAUUACUACUCUCCUUUCUGUCUCUCUCCCACUACUACUACUACGAUAAUCACACUACCACUACUCUCAUCUUCUUUCUCCCUGCCUCCCUCCUUCCCUCUUUUCCCUUUUGCAUCAGCUCAAGGACAAUAAACAAAACAAAGCACCGAGCUCCACACACCUUCCCUUCACCGCCUGUCACACCUCCAAGCACGCCGUCCCUCCCUCUCCCUCCCCCCAGACGCUUCCAGUUGGCUUCCAGGGCGAAAAUGUCACAGCAGUCAUCGGGCUGUGGGCAAGUCAUCCUGUCUUCGCCCCUCGUGUGUGAAUUGGCCAGGUUUUAAAUGACUUUUGCUAUUUUUUUUUUUUUUGCAGGGUAGGGCUAUUGAAGGAGAAUAUUUGUAUGUUUGAGGUAUGUGUUUGUUUGUCUGUUUGUUUUUUUGUUUGCUUGCUUGCAGGGGGAGUAUUGGAAAAGGUAUAUUUGUAAUUUUAUGUAUGUAUGUGAGAGGUAUGCGUUUGUUUGUGUUUGUUUGUUUGUUUGUUUGUGUGUGUGUGUGUGUGUGUGUGUGUGUGUGUGUGUGUGUGUGUGUGUGUGUGUGUGUGUGUGUGUGUGUAGGAGGUCCACUUUAUUUUAUCCAUACACAUAUCAACAUAAAGCAAUAUCUUCUAACGUUUUCUUUUCUUUUUUUUUUACUUUAUAUUUAUCAUUGAAGGUAAACAUAGAGAGCAAUAUAAAGAAGCAAUACUAUUUUGAGUUUUCAUUUAGUAGAGUGAAGCUUAAAAUCAUAAAGCAAUAUAAAGAAAUGAAAGAGAAAAAAGCAGUAUUAUUAUAAUUUUUUUUUUACUUCCUACAUUUCCAUAGACCUUCUACGCCUGUGUGUGUGUGUGUGUGUGUGUGUGUGUGUGUGUGUGUGUGUGUGUACCCCCUCCCUGCCAUGCCUCAUGUUAUAUAGUGGUAUAAACAUUGUACUUUACUCCAGCAAUGUUGGUCAUAAUUUUCCCUCUCGUAUGCUGCGGCGCCGUUACAAGUUUGGCCAUGUACGAUAUGCCGCUAUAAAGUAUUUAAUCGGUUGGCAUGUAUAUUGUUGUAUCCCACAGACGCACACACACACACACACACACACACACACACACACGCACACACACAACGCAAAACACAAAAGCACCACUACAGCAAACUAACUACAAACUGUUCGCGCCGCCAGCCACCGUGUAAAUCAUUGGAAUAUUUCGGUGUUCACAACUUUCGAUCGCAACAUGUACAUACCUAGUUACCUGACGCCAAAAAUUAGUAUCAGUUUUUAUCAUUACCUUUUUUUUUUUUUUUCACGAUGGAUCAAUACAUUUUCGGUUCUUGACGUGUUAACUGAGUAUAAAAAAAAAAAAAAACUUAUUUCCGCCACGUUUUUUAUGUUUACAUGUGUAUAUGUAUGUCAGGGUGUUUAUGCUAUACAGGGAGCGAAGAGAGGGUGUAUUUCUAAGGAUGCUGAUAAAAAUACAGGUACGGAGAGGAAGUGUGUAUGUAACAGUAAUGGUAUACAGGAGGCGGAGAGGAAUAUACGUGUAAAGGUUUUCAGAAUAUACAGGGACGUGUGUGUGUGUGUGGAUGUUGAGAAUAUACGGGAGCGGAAAAAAAGAGAUGUAUGAAUGAAGGUGUUGAAAUAUACACCAGCGAAAAGGAAGGAAUGUAUGUAUAUGGAUGUUAAGAGGAGUAUACGUGUGUGUGUGUGUGUGUGUGUGUGUGUGUGUGAUAAGCAGUGGCAGAAAAGAAGGGGUGUAUGUAUAAGGAUGCUGAGAUAUUCAAGGGCAGAAAAAAUAUUUAUAAGGUGUUUAAAAUAUACAGAGAUUAAAAACAAGAGUGAUGAGAUAUACAGGGGCGAAAAGGAAGGUGGAUGUAUGUAUUUGGGUGUUUAUGAUAUACAGGGGCGAAAAGGUAGGUGUAUGUACGUAUAAGGGUGAUGAGAUAUACAGGGGCGGAGAGGAAGGGGGGCAGGAGGCGUCAGGCACUCUCAACAUGGUGUCACCUUGUAUCAUGAUCAAUUUAGAUAACAUUAUAUUUUAGUUUCGUAACUGUGUGUUUUAUUAUCCUCCCAAAGCCUGGGUAAAAGUAACACAACUACAUACACGUACACAUAACAUACAUAAUUUGUUCGAGUUUGCCGCACGGUCACAAGCAUAUCAACAAGUCUAAACAUUCUAAACAUGAAUUCUACACAAUUCCGCCGCAGUUGUGACGGUAAACUAUUUUCUAUUUUCCUAAACAACAAAACCUCAACAUUUUGCAUAGCUGGGUCAGGACUCUCUCUGCUAUACUCACAGCUAUUCGGAAAAUUCCAGUGUUGUUGAGUUGGUUUAUAUCAUAAUUUUUAAAUAGUACAUAUUAUAUAACAUGUACAGUCGAGUGACACGCCUAGUUUGUGUGUGUGUGUGUGUGUGUGUGUGUGU